AUGAGCGAAAUCCUCGUCAUAACCUGCCCCAGCGGCAAGCAAUGCGCCCAUCUAAUCCCCCUCCUCUACAACAAAGGCAACUUCGUACUCCGCCUUGCCGCGCACUCCGAAACCUCCAAAUCCAACCUCAAAUCCCUCUACCCAGAUGCCGAAAUUGUCCACACAGACAUAACCUCCCAAUCUGCAUGCCGUGAGCUCCUAUCAGGCGCAACCACCGUCUACCACGUCGGGCCAUCCCUCCACUCCCGCGAAACGGAAAUGGGCAUCAACAUGAUCGACGCCGCUGUCUCCGAGAGUCAGAAACCAGGGAACGUUUUUAAGCACUUCGUUUUCUCUAGCGUGCUCAGUACGCAACACCGGAAUCUCAUGCAACAUGAUCUAAAAUGUCGCGUGGAGGAGCGCCUGUUGCUUAGCCCGCUGAAUUUCACCAUUCUUCAACCAACUAACUUCAUGGAUGCAUAUCCUGUCACUCAGCUAGCGGGCCAAGAUAGUCCAUCGAUCCAGAAACUUUGGAACCCGCACAUCCCGAAUAGCGUCAUCGCACUCCGGGACCUAGCUGAGGCGGCUGCAAUUGUGUUGAAUGAGAGAGAGAAACAUUAUUUCGCGCAGUACCCCCUUGUCUCGACGUUACCGGUUGCAGAUAAGGAGAUUGUUAGCGUUAUAGGGAGACACAUUGGGAAGCCUAUUGAAAUUACAGCUCCUAAUUUUGAGGAUGGUGUUGAAAAAGCUAUUCAAUAUCUUUUUGGUGGAAAGCAGGAUGCUAUCUAUACGGGUGAUAAUGUGGAUGAAGAUUUGAAGAGACUGGCUGCGGAUGGGGAUCUUCGACCUGAUAUUACAAGGGAUGAGGCAGAGCGACUUGUGUUGUUUUAUAAUCGCCGUGGACUCAGAGGAAACCCGAAUGUACUGCGGUGGUUGCUAGGGAGGGAGCCGACAAGUGUUGAGGAGUGGGUUAGGUUGCAAUUGGGUUAG